AUGAAGUCUGAAUUCAAGUCUGUUAUCUGCGCGCUGACUGAAUGUGAAGAAAGGCUGGAUGACAUUACCACCAAGAUCUCAGCUCAAGAGGCUCGGCUUGAGGUCGUGGAGGGCCGCGCGGCGGGCAUGACGGACCUGAAAGUCGAAGUUGAAAUCCUGCAGGAAAAACUCAACAACCAGUAUCAAGGUAUGUUGAGGAAAGAUGUAGAAAUCCAAGGACUCGCUGAGACUACUGACGAAAAUGCUCACUGCAUCAUAACGUCGCUGGCUAACGCGGCUGGGAUAAAACUGGAAGAAGCAGACAUUGACUUCGCUAACCGAAAAUAUGGACACAUUGCGGCUGCUUGUUUGAAGAAAAAUGCAAAGGUGCACCAGGUGGGAUGUGAUUGUGCAGAAGGAGCCAAGAACGAUGUGAAUGUUGGUUCAGAGCAGAUGAUGGGUAUAUACAAGUGCACGGAGAGUUAUCGGCCGCCGAUUACAGCCGAUCUCUUGAUUGAUGGCGCAUCUAUUAACAUGGAGAUAGACUCCGGUGCCUCUCGAACCAUCAUGCCUGAAGAAACGUACAAGAAGCUUUGGUACACGCCUCCCCCUCUGAAGUCGACGGAUGUGAAGCUCGUGACGUGGACCCGUGACCCGUUAAAGGUGUUGGGGGCCACACAUGUUCGUGCGAGACUGGGCAAUAAAGAAGCUCAGUGUGAACUCUUGGUGGUGUCUGGCAAAGGCCCCUGUCUAUUAGGUCGAAACUGGUUUGAAGCCUUGGGCUUAGAAAUCUCGGGAAUUUGUUGGUCUGACGGUGAGGUAGAUAAUUUAGUCCGUCAGUUCCCAGAUUUAUUUAAAGAGACUCUCGGUGAAUAUAAGGGUCCCGCAAUAUCGUUGCAUGUUCGAGCGGACGCUAAUCCUCGUUAUUUGAAAGCGCGGCCGGUGCCCUUUCCCUUGAAGCAUCAAGUUGAAGAAGAAUUGAGGCGCAUGAUUGAUGCCGGUGUUCUCACUCCUGUCAGGCAUUCAGACUGGGCAACACCGUUGAGGUUGGUGAAGAAAGACGAUGGGUCUCUGCGGAUUUGCGGAGAUUAUAGGUCUACGGUCAACCCUGCAAUUGAGGUCGAUACAUACCCACUCCCAGCAGCGGUUGAAUCUUUUGUGAAGCUCAGUGGCGGGCGAGUUUUCAGUAAAUUGGAUUUAAAACUAGCAUACCUGCAGCUGAAAGUUGAUGAGGACACGGCGAAGCUUUUAACACUCAACACACCGCUGGGAUUGAUGAAAAUGAACAGAUUAGCGUUCGGAGUGAAUGCAGCGCCCGGUAUAUUUCAGAGAGUAAUGGCCAAUGCACUAUCAGGCCUCGAGGGAGUGGCCUGCCUGCUUGAUGACGUGGCCGUAGCGGGGAGAACCCUGACUGAGCACAAUGAGCGUUUGGUUGCAGUUCUUAAAAAACUAAACGACUUAGGGUUUCAUUUGAAUCCGAAAAAGUGUGUAUUUGCUACAAACUCGAUCCACUUUUUAGGCCAUAUGAUUGAUGCUGAAGGCCUGCACCCAUCGCCCUUGAAAGUCAAGGAAAUUAAAGAAAAGCCUGUCCCAACUAAUAAAGAGUCUUUGAGAGCGUUCUUAGGCUUGUAUAACUUUUAUGAGAAGUUUAUCCCGGGCAAAUCAACAAUACUGGAACCGUUGUAUCGACUAUUGGAGGCAAAAAGACCCUGGACUUGGGGUGAAGCCGAGAAUACAGCAUUCGAGCGAGCAAAAGAACUGUUGUCUUCUGAUUUGACUCUGGUUAAUUAUGAACUUGACAGGGAAUUAUUACUUAUUUGUGACUCUUCCAGCUAUGGCGUAGGGGCUAUUAUUGCUCAUGUGAUGGAUGACGGUACGGAGAGACCUAUCAUGAUGGCUUCUAGGACGCUGCAGCCGCAUGAAAGAAGAUAUGGGCAAAUAGACAAAGAGGCCCUAGCCAUAGUUUUUGGAUUGACUAAAUUUCACGAGUUUUUGGCAGGUCGCAAAUUUUGUAUUAUUACCGACCAUAAGCCGUUGUUGGGAUUGUUUAACCCAAAGAAACUAAUACCGGAUCAGAUUUCGCCGCGAAUGUUACGUUGGGCAUUAAAAUUGAGUGCUUACGAGUAUGACAUUCAGUAUAGACCUGGGAAAUCUUUGGGUAAUGCAGACGCCUUAAGUCGAUGGACAGCUGAUGCGACUGCGGUGGACAUUGAAAAGCCCGUUAGGGAAGUAUUAUUGCUCGAAGACCAACCAGAAGGAUGGAAUCUUGAUGCGUGCACGAUCUCAAGAGAAACUAAAAGAGAUACGCUCUUACAGAAGGUGUUAUUCCACGUUCUCCACGGUUGGCCGCGUUCUAACAUAGAUCCUGAGUUGCAGCCAUUUUGGACGAGAAGGGAGGCUCUUUCACACAGUAAAGGGUGUUUACUGUGGUGCAACAGAGUGAUCGUGCCUACGUCACUCCAGAGUGACGUACUGAAAAUAUUGCACGCCCCACACGCAGGCAUAGUUCAAACUAAGGCGUAUGCAAGAGGAUACGUCUGGUGGCCGGCAAUGGAUCAGCAGAUUGAACGGCAAGUGGCGGAAUGUGUGCAGUGCCAGAUGGUGAGGAACAACCCACCGCGAGACCCGCAAACUUGGAUUAUUCCCGAAAAGCCUUGGAGCCGCGUUCAUGUUGAUUUCGCUGGGCCAUUCCAAGGCAAAACAUUUCUAGUUUUGAUCGAUAGUUACAGCAAGUGGUUUGAGGCUGAGAUUAUGCCUUCAAUGGCCAGUGAGGCAGUGAUUGCAAGUUUGCGGAAAAUAUUUGCUUCUCAGGGCUUACCGGAUGUUUUAGUCUCAGAUAAUGGCAGGAAUUUCACUUCUCGAGAAUUUAAUACAUUCCUGAGGAAUAAUGGGAUUAAGCACUUGUAUUCCCCACCUUAUCAUCCCGCAUCAAAUGGCCAAAUUGAGAGGGCCAUUCAGACAUUUAAAAACAAACUUAGGAAAAUGGCCGAGGAGAGCAGACCUUGGUCAGAAAAAUUGCCAAAAGUCUUGUAUGCAAUGAGAACUGUACCGAACAGUUGCACCAAUAAGACACCUGCAGAAAUGUUAAACGGACGCCGGUAUAGAACAGCCGUGUCGUCCCUGCACCCGGACACAACCCCAACUAAUGCCGAUGAGCAGCUGGAGGCGGCGGCACAACGCACACCAUCUCGGACCUUUGUUGUUGAUCAGCCAGUAUUGGCUCGUAUGUAUGGGCCAGGCGAGAAAUGGCAGAGAGCAGUGAUCGAAAUGGUAGAAGGGCCCAGCGCUUAUUUAGUAAGGACGGAAGAUGGUGAGCUACAUCGUCGUCAUGUGGAUCAGGCCGAAUCAGACUGUAAGAAACGCAACGCUGCUGCAGCUGGCCUGGGUUCUGACUCGGAGUACUCUUCGGACGAAGAAGAAGAUCUAAGUCCCUCCAAGAAAACUAAGGCCAGCAGUCAGAGCAAGAUCAAGGCUGCAAAGAAGGAGACGAAGAACAGUAAAACUCUCAGCGGCAUUUACGAGGAGCUGUUUGGAGACGCCUGCGAGCCUGCUCCCAAACAUCAGCCGCUGUGGUCCUCGCUGUCGCGGCGGGUCGCGGGCGGAAUCAGCCGCCAGGGCACGCUGCAGGCUGACGGUGACGUGUACAUCGACCUGCGCGUGUUCGACGUAGCACAAAUAAUUGGCGUCAACCCGAGAGAGCGCUUCGACAAGUGGAACGGCUGUCUGAGAGUCCGGCUGAGCCACGACGAGCCGUUAUGGGCCGCUAAGUUAGUUAACAUGUGA